AUGAAGCAACUCUCAACACCUGCAUCAAAGGCAUUCCGAUCCUUGCUUGCAACCUCGAGAACAUCAUCAUCAGGGCUUUUCCGAAAGACUGAUGUUGUGUUUGGGAAGGGAGCCAAUAGUUAUCAACAAGAACAGUUGAAUUCAUCAAGGAUGAUUAUCGGAAGUUUGCAAGGUGAUUUGAAGAGUAGAUUCUUCUCUACAUCAACAAUUCAUAGAAACGAGAAGAAGGAUGAUGAAGAUAAUAAUGAUAAUGAUGAAAAGAAAAAGAAGGAAGAAGAAGAAGAACAGAAGGAUGUUUCUGAAAAGGACAAAACACAAGAAAUUAACAAAAUGUUCGAUGACUUUGAAUCAUCCAGAAAGAGUGAUGAAAUUAAUGAUAUUGUAGAGGAUAGUGCUGAAAGAAUUGAAGAAUUAUUAUCAGAUAAGGUAAAUGCUGAAGAUGUUUCGGAUAAAGCAAGUAAAUUGCUUUCUCCUGUUAAGCAAACUGAACAAUCAAUUACAAGCUUCUUUGCCACUCCAACUCCACCUUUUGUUGAAAUUGUCCCAUUGUACAAAAAACCAGCAUUCCCUGGAACUAUUGUUCCUAUUUUCAUUACUGAUACUAAAUUCAUUCAAUCCAUGUUGGAGAGUGGUUAUCAUGAUAAAUUGGUUGGUCUUUUCCUUGUAAAGGAUUUGGAAAAACGUGAUCAAAUGAAGAAUGUUGCAUCUCUCAAUGAAAUUGAAACAGUAGGUACUCUUGCAAAGGUUACUAGGGUUGUACCAUCUAAAGGUGGUGCUUCAGUAGUAUUUGCUGCAAUCAGAAGAAUUAAGGUAACUGGAACUGUAAAUAAUAGUAAGAGACUUACUGCAAAUAUUGAAGAAGUGACUGCAAAUAAGGUUGACAAGAAUGAUCUAUCAAUCAAGGCUCACGUAAUGGAAAUUUUCCAACAAAUUAAGGAAUUUUUAUCACACAUUGAUCCUGUUCAAAGAGAACAAUUGAAUAUGGUAUUGGAACAAUUGGAUCAUACUGAUCCUGCUGAGUUGUCUGACAUUGCUGCCAUUCUUUGCUCUCAUGAUCCUGAAACACUUCAAGAAAUUUUACAAACUACAGACAUUAGACUCAGAUUAGUCAAAUCUCUUGAGCUCUUAAAGUCUGAAGUUGAAACUAAAAAGAUUCAAGAAAAGAUUCAAAGAAAUCUUGAGGAAAAACUCAAUAAUCAACAAAGAAAGAUGUACCUCACUGAACAACUUAAAAUUAUCAAGAAGGAACUUGGUCUUGAAAAGGAUGCCAAGGAAGAAUUAAUGAAAAAAUUCUCAGGUGCUGCUGAACAAAUCAAGUCUAGAGAUAAUGUUCCUGAGCUUGUCAAGACUACAUUGCAAGAUGAAUUGAACAAAUUCUCCACUUUGGAUCCUCAUUCAAGUGAAUAUACCAAUGUAAGAAAUUAUUUGGAUUGGAUGACAUCUCUUCCUUGGGGAUUACGUGGUAUUGAAAACUUUGAUUUGAUCAAAGCUUCCAACAUUCUCGAUCAUGAUCACUAUGGACUCAAGAAGGUAAAGGAGAGAAUUUUGGAAUUUAUUGCAGUUGGUAAAUUGAAGAAUACCACAAAGGGUAAAAUUAUUCUAUUGAUGGGCCCUCCUGGUGUUGGUAAGACCUCUAUUGGUAAAUCUAUUGCCUCCUCUUUGGGAAGAGAAUUCCACAGAUUCAGUGUUGGUGGUUUGACUGAUGUCAGUGAAAUUAAGGGACACAGAAGAACUUACAUUGGAUCUAUUCCUGGUAAAUUAAUUAAUAUCAUGAAACAUUGCAAGACUAAUAAUCCUGUAAUUAUGAUUGAUGAAAUUGAUAAAUUGGGAAGAAGUCAUCAAGGUGAUCCAGCCAGUGCUCUCCUUGAAGUAUUGGAUCCAGAACAAAAUAAUGCCUUUGUUGACCACUAUUUGGAUGUACCAUAUGAUUUGAGUGAUGUCUUGUUUGUUUGUACAGCUAACGUUCUCGACAGUAUUCCUGGACCACUUCUUGACAGAAUGGAAGUUUUGAGACUCAGUGGCUAUAUUCUUGAAGAAAAGGUUCAUAUCACCAGAAACUACCUCCUUCCAAAAAAGAUUGAAGAGACUGGACUUUAUGUUCAAAAGGCUAAGGAGAAGAAACCUUUGCUUACUGUUACAAAUGGUCUCAUUGAAAAACUAAUUAGAGAACAUUGUAGAGAAGCUGGUGUAAGAAACUUGGAAAAGCACAUUGAACUGAUCUGUCGUAAGGUUGCCUAUAAAAUUGCCAAAUCUAAUAAGAAACCAGCUCCAAUCCAUCUCACUGAAAAUGAUUUGGAAGAAUUGGUAGGAAAGCCAGUAUUCACAUCAGAUAGAUACUACCUCACCACUCCUGUAGGUGUUACUAUGGGUCUUGCUUGGACAUCAAUGGGAGGUUCCACAUUGUAUAUUGAAACUAUUUCAGAAAAACUAGGUCAAGCCGAUAUCCCAGUUGCAACUACUGACAAUGCCACUACAACUGCAUCUGUUCCUAUGAAUGGCUCACUCAAGUGUACAGGUUCUAUGGGAGAUGUAAUGAAGGAAUCAUCAUCAAUUGCUUACUCCUAUGCUAAGAAUCAUCUGUUCAAUGUUGAUCCAAAGAAUGACUUUUUCAGAAAGACAAAUAUUCACAUGCACAUUCCAGAAGGUGGUGUAAAUAAGGAUGGACCUUCUGCAGGUGUUACAAUGGUGACUUCACUUCUUUCUCUUGCUCUCAAUAAGCCUGUAAGACAUAACUUGGCAAUGACAGGAGAAUUAACCAUAACUGGUAAGGUUCUUGCUAUUGGUGGUGUUAAGGAAAAGGUUAUUGCUGCCAGAAGAUCUGGAAUUACAACUGUAAUUCUGCCUGCUGGAAACAGAAGAGAUUGGGAUGAAUUGGAUGAAAAUAUCAAGAAGGGAUUAGAAGUUCACUUUGCUGAUUAUUAUUCAGAUGUUUUCAGAAUUUCUUUUGGAUAUGAUGAAGCUGAAAAUUUGGAAGCUAUUGAAAAGGAUCGUCAAUCACCAAAUCUUAUGGAUCUUUCUUCUUAAGUGUUUUAUUGUAAAUAAUAAAUUAUUUUUCUUUCGAG